UAUUUUCACGUUUCUUUGUAUAAAAGGUCACCUUCUGAAGCAGCAUAUAUUAUUCCAAAGAGUGUCUUAUACGCUUCACUACAGAAUACAGCAGUUAUUCAAACUAUUUCAUAAAAAUGAAAUUCUCUAAAGUUUUCUUCUUUUUCUUUGCAUUCGUUAUGGCUAUGUCCACUACUUCAGCAAGGCCUGAGAACUUCUUUAAAGAGCUGGAGAGAGCGGGACAAAGAGUAAGAGAUGCCAUCAUAAACGCUAAGCCAGCCAUUGACGUUAUUUCGGAUACCCAAAAAGUUUGGAAGGACUUCCAGACAUAAAUUAUUAGUUUAUUUUUUUUCAUUUUUUAAAUUAGAUUUUAAAUACUGAUACUUCUUUUUAUACACAAAAACUGUACAGAUUUAUAAAAUUAUAUUUAUUGUGAUACUAUUUUUAUGUGAAAUAAUAUAAGACACUUAAGAACACUUUCAUUGAAUUUUAUUCCUAUAAGCUAA